AUGAAUUUUAGUAAUGAAGAAACAAACGAGGAGGAGACUAAACAAAGAAUGUUAUCAUUGGAUUAUGGAAGCGCAGCAACAGCAGCUAAUGUCUGGUUACAUCAUUCAGCAUCUGCUGGGCAUAUUCCCCCUUGCAAUAAUAAUAUUGAAGCAAUGGAUAAUUCAAUUCCACUCAAUUCAUCUCCAUUAAGUACUUCAUCAAAUGGAAAUGCAGCAGAAAUGCGUUCAUCAAAUGAUGGGGAUGCUGAAGGUGUUUGGAGUCCGGACAUUGAUCAAGCAUUUCAUGAAGCUUUACAAAUAUACCCUCCAUGUGGAAGGCGUAAAAUAAUUCUCAGCGAUGAAGGCAAAAUGUAUGGACGUAAUGAAUUAAUUGCUCGUUAUAUUAAACUUAGAUGUGGAAAAUCAAGAACUCGAAAACAAGUUUCUUCUCAUAUUCAAGUACUUGCAAGAAAAAAACAGCGAGAAGAGCAUUCAAGAAUAAAGGUAAUCAAAUAA